CACCGCUCCAACCUUUCCGCACUCCGGACCUUGAUGUUGUUGAAAUUCUGUGUUUUUCCUGCUCUUAAAGACUAAGUUAAUCUUCUAUAGUAUCUCAUACGCAAAGUUAGUUUUCUUCUUUGCUGAUUUGCUCUUUCACUUGAAACAGCAUGCGGUUCCCUCCGUUGGAGGUAGAAGCCGAGUGCGCAAUCGGCGGGACUCGGUGAGCACGGCAAUGUUUCGGAUAUGCUGGAGAUUAAACUACGAGGAAUGGCCAAGUUCUAAAUCCGGAAUUGCUUUCAUCUUGCACGGCAGAAAUGAUGAAUUUAAGUGAUCAGCGAGCACAACCGUGCACGGUGAUGGAUGCGCCGUCUUUUGGGAUUUAAGCAGGGCGGAUGGAGAGCCGUGCGCCCAAGCGCGCCUCUCUCACCGUCUGACUGCUUCACAUCCUCUUUACUCGGCGUACUCAUGCUUUCACUCGGAUCUGCGGUUAGUGUCACGUUAAUGCCGGGAAUUUGGGCGUUAAUGCUGUAAGUCAGAAAAAAAAAAUGUUGAACAACGUUUUGCUGCUAAGCGUGUUGACAAUAACCGGCUUCUCCUCGCGGACGGAGAGCCGCAAAACUUCGAAGGACAUUUGUAAGAGCCGCUGUCCGUGCGAGGAGAAGGAAAACGCGCUAAACAUAAACUGCGAGAACAAAGGAUUUACGAGUGUGAGUUCGUUUCAGCCGCCGCAGAAUAAAAUAAGCCAGCUUUUCCUGAACGGGAACUUUCUCACAAGACUGAACGCCAACGAGUUCGCCAAUUACGGUAAUGUCACAUCUCUCCAUUUGGGCAAUAACGGGCUGCAGGAGAUUAAAACGGGGGCGUUCAAUGGCCUGAAAAACCUCAAACGCCUUCAUCUGAACAACAACAAUUUGGAGAUUAUAAAAGAAGAUACGUUUUCUGGCUUAGAAAGUUUAGAGUAUUUGCAGGCUGAUUACAAUUAUAUAAGUGCCAUAGAGGCAGGUGCAUUCAAUAAGAUGAACAAGCUCAAGGUCUUAAUACUUAAUGAUAACCUUUUGCUCUCUUUGCCUAACAAUAUAUUUCGAUUUGUGAUGCUGACACAUUUGGAUUUGAGGGGAAACCGGCUGAAGACGCUACCGUUUGCUGGCGUUCUGGAGCACAUAGGAGGCAUUAUGGAGAUACAGCUGGAGGAAAACCCAUGGAACUGUACAUGUGACCUCGUGCCACUCAAGGCCUGGCUGGAUACCAUUGCGGUGUUUGUGGGCGAUGUUGUUUGUGAGACGCCCUUUCGUUUGCAUGGCAAAGAUGUUACGCAGCUCAUAAAGCAGGACCUCUGCCCCAGGCGCACUACUGGUGACUCUACGCCACGGGCCAUGCAGCCACCGCCUCCUGAUCCCCAGCAUCGGGUCCCAGAACCUACAUCACGCACACAUUUUACGCCUACCAGAGCACCUAAGGCAUCCCGCCCUCCCAGGAUGAGGAGCCGCCCUACUCCACGUGUUACUUCUGGCAGGGACAAGCAUGUAUUUGGCCCGAUUAUGGUUUAUCAGACAAGGUCCCCUGUACCUAUGACAUGCCCGAGUAUUUGCGUGUGCACAUCCCAAAGCCCAGACAGUGGACUGAACGUUAACUGCCAAGAGAGGAAGCUUCACAACAUCUCUGAUCUGCAACCCAAACCGUCAUAUCCAAAGAAGCUACAUUUAACUGGAAACCAUUUGCAGAUCAUAUACAGGCCUGAUCUGACAGAAUAUAGUACCCUGGAACUUCUCCACCUGGGGAAUAACAGAAUCGCUAUUAUUCAGGAUGGGGCCUUUGAGAAUCUGACCAAUUUGCGCAGGCUUUACCUCAACGGCAACUAUAUUGAAAGUUUAACGCAGGCCUUGUUUGCCGGGCUACAGAGCUUGCAGUACCUCUACUUAGAGUACAACAUUAUCAAGGACAUUUUGCCGAACACUUUUAACUCACUGCACAACCUGCAGCUUCUCUUUCUCAACAACAACCUGCUGAGGUCCCUCCCUGACAAUGUAUUUGGGGGCACAAUGCUAACAAGGCUCAAUCUCAGGAACAAUCACUUCUCGCAUUUGCCCGUGAGUGGGGUGCUUGACCAGCUCUCAGCAUUUGUACAGAUUGAUCUCCAGGAGAACCCGUGGGAAUGCACAUGUGGCAUUGUGCCGCUGAAGAACUGGAUGGAGCUGUCCAGCACUAGUGUGGUUGUCAAUGAGAUCACAUGUGAUUCUCCCUCAAAGCAUGCAGGUCGCCUCCUGCGGUCAUUACGCAAUGAUGCUAUCUGCGCCGAGAAUGACGAGACUCCGGCACCAGCUACCAAGGCACCAACUGUAAUCAGCAUUAGCACUGAAGUCACUCCAUCAUCUGCCGCGACCCCUACAGAAGACACACAGCCUGAAACACACCCGGAAGUACCCUUAUCGGUUCUCAUCUUGGGCUUGCUUGUUGUGUUCAUUCUCUCAGUGUGUUUUGGUGCUGGAAUCUUUGUCUUUGUGCUCAAGAGGCGCAAAGCAGUAGAGAGUGUCCCAACUACUGCAGCUGCCAAUAGCCUGGAUCUAAGCUCUUUCCAAGCGCAUUAUGACCACUAUGACACAGAACAAAGCACAGGCAAAAGAGAGGGCCAUGUCUACAACUACAUCCCUGCCGCUGUUGGCCAGAUGUGCCCGAACCCUAUUUAUGUGCAGAAGGAAAAUGAGCAUGUAGCCUACUAUCGCAACUUGAAAGAACUGGGAUUUGGAGCACCAGAGCCCAAGAGGGAGGAGUUUGGUCGUAGUCCCACUUACACAAUAAGCACUUUGGAACGUGUGGAUGAGAAUCCCCAGCAUGGCAGCUGUGAACCUGAACUGCUCUACCAGAACGUAGCAGAGAGGGUAAGAGAGCUGCCGAACGCUGCUCCCUUUGGUUACAGCUUUUGCACUCUGCCCAAAAGGCCAUUAGCGCCACCAUACGAGGCUUCAGGGCAUCCCAACCGGGAGCGACUGAACAAAACUGUCUUGUAUGGGACGCCAAGAAAGCACGCUGAACAGCUGCUCCCUGCAAAGCUAAAAGCGGAGCCGGACUACCUCGAGGUUCUGGAAAAACACACUACAAUGAGUCAGCUGUAAAAGCUAUACCAUACGCUCUUUAUUAUCUCUUUAUGGUAACAAAAAAUGAUAUCGAAACGUGUCAUCUUCAUUUUCAAAACCACACAAGACUCAAACAGCGGACAGUGCAACCUAAAGCCUUUUCAUCAUCAUCUUUCUGAAGCUGUACAAAUUAGUAAGGAAAAAAGUAUCUACAAUUUAAAGAUGAUAUAUUAUUUUCUCUAAGGUUUAAAUUAUUUCCUCUACUUGAAACAUAAAAGACUGUAGCAGAUAUGGCAAGAAUAUGUAUAAUAAUAAUGCUUAAUGCUAUUUUAUAUGAAGUAUAUAUAUUUUUUUUUUCUCAGAGGAGGACAGUGUUCUUUUCAGAAGCAGGUUAUCGAAUCAUGCAGUGACAUUGUUGUGUUGGUAUUAUGGUGGGAAUUCGGAUAUACAAUAACUGUUCAUGUUCACUUCAAUCCUUUUCUUCCAGAAGUGCCUUUGCACUUAAAGAAUUUUAUCUUUGCUUUCCGUGAUUUGAAUUUUUU